GAGAAGAGAAGAAGCAGUAGAAGCCGAAGCCAUUGACAGUGUCCCUAAACCCUAAGGGGGUUUUUUCGAACGUUUGUGAGGUCGACGAAGCAACUUAACCGGCGUCGUUUCGGGUACACCACGUGUCAGUGGCAAUAGUAGAGUUACAUUAGAGAGAGGUUAAAAGCAUUUUUCAACAUCUGAAAGAAAGAAGAAAGACGACGACAAUGGCGGAAAAGAGCCAAAUCCCCGAUAACAACAACACAACUUCUUCUUCUUCGUCGGCGAAGAAACCGGCGCCGGAGAUUGGAUCGGGUUCAAGCUAUUCGGGUCAGAGGAUGUCGUAUCCUAACCGGCCCGAGUCGGUGAAUCCGGAUCAGGCGACGCUGAGGGAGCAGUGGAAGUUCGCGAUGAGGCAGUACAGCAAGUGGUACUCACACGCUUGGGGCACCGCGAUUCUCGCCGGAGGUGUCUUUUUCGGACUCGGCUGGAUCAUUAAAGGCUCUAAUCCUCUUCCUUCACUCCAGUCGGGUUCUAAGACUCCUCCUGCUUCUGAACGCGACGAAGAAAAAUGAUUCUGUGUCUGUGUUUCCUGGUGAGGAAAAGCAGCAUGAGGCGCGAGUUGGUGCAUCAAGAAUGGCCAUGUUCAUGUACAUUUUGAAGGAAAAAACGAUCGUUGGAAGCAGAGAAAGGACAAAGCAAGCGAUUGUAGAG